AUGCUAGAAGAACAUAAUUAAUAAUACUUUAUUUUAAAAAAUUUUUUAUAAUCAAAAUAAACCAACAUUUAUAGCCUUGAGCUACAGCUGAGAUCUAAUCUAUUUGGGACCAAACAAACAGAGGAUUUAGGAAAAGGCUUAACAAACUGUUCUAAUUUAAAAAAUUUGACACUUAACUUAGAGUAAAACUAAAUUUGUGAUAAUGGAGCUUCUUAUUUAGGCAAAUCUUUAGGAAAUUGUUAAAAUUUAAAAAAUUUAAUGAUAUCUUUAAGUUAGAAUAAUAUUUAGGAUCUAGGAUUGGCAAAUUUCAGCUCAGGGAUAAAAAAUCUGAGCAAUAUAUAAAAUCUUACCCUUGAUUUCAGUUAAAACAAUAUUUGUGAUUAAGGAAUAUCUACUUUGAGUUAAGCAAUUGGCAAUUUCUAAAAUUUAGAAAAUCUAUACCUUAAUCUAUUUUUAAAUCACAUUAGCAUUAAAGGUGCGAGUGAAAUAGGAAACAAGCUAGGAAAUAAUAGAUGUCUAUAAUACAUAAAUAUCAACUUAAGUGGAAACAGUAUUAGCGAUAUUGGAUUAUUUGGAUUAGGAUCUGGAUUAUCAAAAUGCCCAAAUCUCAAAAAUUUAAAUCUAGAUUUGAUUUGUAACUAUAUCGGUGAUAAUGGAGCCAAAAGCUUAGGAACAGGAUUAGGAAUGAGCUCUAAUCUCAAUACUUUGCAGGUUUCUUUACAAAAUAAUAAAGUUAAUCAGUAAUGGAUUUCUGGUUUCUGCAAUGGACUAGGCAAAAGUUAAACUAUUUCAACUCUAAAAUUAGAUUUAAGAAAUAACGCUUUUAAAUUUUAUGAAGAGAUAAAUGACUUUUGUGGCGGUUUAAAGAAUUGUUAAAAUCUAAAAAUAGUUGAUUUUGAUUUAAGAAAAAAUAAUAUAGAAAGUAAAAUGUUCAUUUAAUUAUUAGCAGGGCUAGGAAGUUCCUUGAGUCUUGAAAUAUUGAAGCUCAAUUUAAGAGAAAAUAAAUUUGGUGAUGUGAAUGAAUAAAUAGAAGGAUUUGGCUUAAGCCUUACAGAAUUUAGAAAUCUAAAAGAAUUUGAUAUAGAUUUAAACUUAUGCUAAAUUUCUCACUAAAUAGUUUAAAAUUUGGGUUAUAUACUAAAAAACUCUAAUUAACUGAAAAAAGUUACAAUGGACUUAGGUGGAUGUAAGAUUAGUAGUGAAGCUGCAUCUUUCUUAGGUGAAGGAUUAGAAAAAUGUUAAAAUAUAGUCUAUCUUUACCUAGGCUUAUAGAAUAAUUGUAUCAGAAAAGAAGCGAUUAUAAAAUUAUCUAAAGGGUUAGCAAAGUGUUCAAAAUUAAGUCAUUUGAUGUUAGAAUUACAACAUAAUCAAAUAGAUGUGACAGCUAUUCAUUACUUAGGAUUGGAAUUGAUAAAUUGUAAAAACAUAAAUGUUUUAUCAUUGAUUCUAUAUAGUCAAAGUACGAUUCAAUAUUAUGAAAUAUUUGAAAAAAAAACCAUAUCAGAGCAUAUUAUGAAAAUGAAAAGAUUAGUUAUUUAGAAUAUUAAGACUUGA